AAGAUCAUGAGAUGCAUCCACAAAAACCUGGACGGCAUCAACACAGCACCAGCUCGGCAGAGCGUGGCGUCCCUGCUUCUGCUCAUGGCUGACAGGAGACCUGGGAAGGUGCUCACAACGCUGCUGAGGAUCGCUCCACCAGGAGACAGGACUGCCCUGGACAUGUGGGACAUGAUGAUCUCCACACCCCGGCCUCUGAAGAAGAUCUUAAGAAACCUGCGCAAAAGACUCCUGGCCAUAGACUCCAUGUUUCCCGAAGGCGUCAUCAGUGGGUCAGAAAGUCCUGACAUGGCAAGAAAAAUACAGUCCCUCCUGCCACAAGUUGUGGGGUUGCUCGACUACAGCAACACAGAAGUGAAAAGGAGAGUCCUGACAUUCUUCCGCAGCGUGAUGGGACACCUGAAGAGGGAAGAGGCCAGACCCACUGUCGAGCAGCUGGAGGAAAAGCUCCUGCCCCUCUUUGAUGAUGUAAGGCUGAUGACGGAGACUGAGCCCUGGGGGUGGGCAGCCUGCAGUGACAGCUGCCCUUCAGCCCAGCCCCGUGGACAGCACUGGGAGCAGGCUCUGCUCCCCUGGGCUCUCGUGGGAUGGCUUCUGGGCUUCUGCACAACCUGACCCUGGAGCAUCUCCCCUCACGUCAGCCCCGAUACUGCCCCUGCUCACCACGGGCAGAGAGCUGCUGGGAUUGAAGUCCGGCUUUCCUCCUUCCUCCCAGGAGUCCAGCCAGCUGCGAGAGCUCUCCAUCUGCCUCUUCAGAGAGCGGGUGCAGUCAGUGAUGGUGCACGACAAGAAGAGG